GCCGCCGCCCCGCGCCGCCCUCGUGCCGCCGGCCGGGCCGCCGCGCACCCGCGGAGCCGGCCCCGUGAGCGAAGGAGUAAACACCGGCGGAGUGUGGGAGCCGCUGCAGAAGGGAAUAAAGAGACAUGCAGGGAUUUGUGAGGUUACGGCGCCCCAGCUGCAAGAUGCACUAGCCGGCUGAAGCCGGGGCGGGUUGACUUGUUGGAACCGUAGUGCUCUGCACGGGAGUGUGGAUGAGUUGAAGUUGCUAUCCCCGGGCUCGUUCUCCACGCCGCCGAGAGGAAUCCGAGCGGCGAGGCAGUCACUUCGUCUUGCCAUUGAUUGGGUAUCGGGAGCUUUUUCUUCCCCGCUCUCUUUCUUUUUCCUCCGUCUUGUUGCAUGCAAGAAAAUUACAGUCCGCUGCUCGCCCUCCCUGGGUGCGAGAUCUUCUGCCCGGCUCUCUCCCGUGCAUUGUGCAGCUCAACGAUGAAAGACCGAAGGGGAGAAAGUUAAAGAAAUCGCCCACAUGCGCUGGAUCAGUCCACGGCUUGGGGAAAGGCAUCCAGAGAAGGUGGGAGCGGAGAGUUUGAAGUCUUUACAGGCGGGAAGAUGGCGGACUGGAGCUGAAAGUGUUGAUUGGGAAACUUGGGUGAUUCUUGUGUUUAUUUACAAUCCUCUUGACCCAGGCAGGACACAUGCAGGCCAAAAAACGCUAUUUCAUCCUGCUCUCAGCUGGCUCUUGUCUCGCCCUUUUGUUUUAUUUUGGAGGCGUGCAGUUUAGGGCAUCGAGGAGCCACAGCCGGAGAGAAGAGCACAGUGGUCGCAAUGGCUUGCACCAACCCAGUCCGGAUCAUUUCUGGCCCCGCUUCCCGGACGCUCUGCGCCCCUUCUUUCCUUGGGAUCAAUUGGAAAACGAGGAUUCCAGCGUGCACAUUUCCCCCCGGCAGAAGCGAGACGCCAACUCGAGCAUCUACAAAGGCAAGAAGUGCCGCAUGGAGUCCUGCUUCGAUUUCACCCUUUGCAAGAAAAACGGCUUCAAAGUCUACGUCUACCCGCAGCAGAAAGGGGAGAAAAUCGCCGAAAGUUACCAAAACAUUCUAGCGGCCAUCGAGGGCUCCAGAUUCUACACCUCGGACCCCAGCCAGGCGUGCCUCUUUGUCCUGAGUCUGGAUACUUUAGACAGAGACCAGUUAUCACCUCAGUAUGUGCACAAUUUGAGAUCCAAAGUGCAGAGUCUCCACUUGUGGAACAAUGGUAGGAAUCAUUUAAUUUUUAAUUUAUAUUCUGGCACUUGGCCUGACUACACCGAGGACGUGGGGUUUGACAUCGGCCAGGCGAUGCUGGCUAAAGCCAGCAUCAGUACUGAAAACUUCCGACCCAACUUUGAUGUUUCUAUUCCCCUCUUUUCUAAGGAUCAUCCCAGGACAGGAGGGGAGAGGGGGUUUUUGAAAUUUAACACCAUCCCUCCUCUCAGGAAGUACAUGCUGGUUUUCAAGGGGAAGAGGUACCUGACAGGGAUAGGGUCAGACACCAGGAAUGCCUUAUAUCACGUCCAUAACGGCGAGGACGUCCUGCUCCUCACCACCUGCAAGCACGGCAAAGACUGGCAAAAGCACAAGGAUUCUCGCUGUGACAGAGACAACACCGAGUACGAGAAAUACGACUAUCGGGAAAUGCUGCACAAUGCCACUUUCUGCCUGGUUCCUCGUGGUCGCAGGCUUGGGUCCUUCAGAUUCCUGGAGGCUUUGCAGGCUGCCUGUGUCCCUGUAAUGCUCAGCAAUGGAUGGGAGUUGCCAUUCUCCGAAGUGAUUAAUUGGAACCAAGCUGCCGUCAUUGGCGAUGAGAGAUUGUUAUUACAGAUUCCUUCUACAAUCAGGUCUAUUCAUCAGGAUAAAAUCCUAGCACUUAGACAGCAGACACAGUUCUUGUGGGAGGCUUAUUUUUCUUCAGUUGAGAAGAUUGUAUUAACUACACUAGAGAUUAUUCAGGACAGAAUAUUCAAGCACAUAUCACGUAACAGUUUAAUAUGGAACAAGCAUCCUGGAGGAUUGUUCGUCCUACCACAGUAUUCGUCCUACCUGGGAGAUUUUCCUUACUACUAUGCUAAUUUAGGGUUAAAGCCUCCCUCCAAAUUCACUGCAGUCAUCCAUGCUGUGACCCCCCUGGUCUCUCAGUCCCAGCCAGUGUUGAAGCUUCUCGUGGCUGCAGCCAAGUCCCAAUACUGUGCUCAGAUCAUAGUUCUGUGGAAUUGUGACAAGCCUCUACCAGCCAAACACCGCUGGCCCGCCACUUCUGUGCCUGUCAUCGUCAUUGAAGGAGAAAGCAAGGUGAUGAGCAGCCGGUUCCUUCCCUAUGACAACAUCAUCACUGAUGCUGUGCUCAGCCUUGAUGAGGACACUGUGCUUUCAACUACGGAGGUGGAUUUUGCCUUCACCGUGUGGCAGAGCUUCCCCGAGAGGAUUGUGGGGUAUCCUGCACGCAGCCAUUUCUGGGAUAACUCUAAGGAGCGGUGGGGAUACACAUCCAAGUGGACGAACGACUACUCCAUGGUGUUGACAGGAGCUGCUAUCUACCACAAAUAUUAUCACUACCUGUAUACCCAUUACCUGCCAGCCAGCCUGAAGAAUAUGGUAGACCAACUGGCCAAUUGUGAGGACAUUCUCAUGAAUUUCCUGGUGUCUGCUGUGACAAAAUUGCCUCCAAUCAAAGUGACCCAGAAGAAGCAGUAUAAGGAGACAAUGAUGGGCCAGACUUCCCGAGCUUCCCGCUGGGCUGACCCUGACCACUUUGCCCAGCGACAGAGCUGCAUGAAUACGUUUGCCAGCUGGUUUGGCUACAUGCCGCUGAUCCACUCUCAGAUGAGGCUCGACCCGGUCCUCUUUAAAGACCAAGUCUCCAUUCUGAGGAAGAAAUACAGAGACAUUGAACGACUUUGAGGAAUCCCACAGAGUGGGGGAGAGGAAGCAAGAUGGGACUGGAGUCCAGCUGCUCUCUCAUCCCAGUGCAGACUCGCUCAUCGGUGGAGCCAGACUGUGCCAAGUAUCAAAAAAUU